AUGUUGGAGAAGAACUAUCGUUUCCUUCCCCUUAAACAGAAGCUGGGGCGGCUUAAGCGCCAUUGUAAUGAUAUGGGGGAGCUCAUGGCGGCUCUUGUCAAAUAUGCCGACUCUAAUAGUACUAAGGACCCUGAGUCUGAUGAGGAGAAGGUUGGCAAGGGGAAGAAGAACGACAACGCCAAGGGGCAACACAAUACGGCAGGUGAAGGUAAUAGCGGUAAGCGCAAGGCCGACAAUAAUUCAGAUUUUGUGGCUAAUACCAAUGCACAGAAUAAUAAUCAGCGUCGUAAGGGGAAAGCGUCAAUGCCCCAGUUUGGCGGGCCAAAGUUCAUUGAGGCGAUGAUGAAUCAGCCUUGUCCGAAGCACGGUACGCAAGAUAAGCCGGCCAGCCAUCUGUGGAAGGAUUGCUUCAUCAUGAGGGAAUAUAGAAAUUCCAAUUUCUUCCAGAAUAAUCAUGGCCCGAAUGGCGGCUCAGGAUCCGGCUCUCAUGGACCUGACUUUGGAGGUGGCGGCUCAAGCUCUGGUUUUCAGUGCCAAGGCAGUCAAGGUGGUUUUAGUCAGCAAUCUGGCCAAGGGAAUCAGCAGCAGUAG